GGGCCGAGGCAACACGUCAUGGGAGCAUCCGCUGGUGCGGGGAGGCGGGGGCGAGCUUGUUGUCCGGCGCAACGGCACUGACCGUAAAACGCGGCACCAAGAUCUGAACAGAAUUAGGCGGAGUGUGAGAAGCUGGGUAGCGGUCACCAAGUACUACUGAAAUUGUACGACACAUACGCUCCAAUUACACCAAUUACACAACACUACAAUUUUACGCAGCAGCCGACUGCCAAUUCAACCUAAACCAAAGAUGCCAUACUCGCUCACAGUGAAAAAGAUUGAGGGGAAGCCCGGAGAGGUGUACUACCCCCUCCAAUUAAACACGGUCCCGAUCCCGACGCCGGGCCCCAACCAGGUCCUCGUUAAACUCGCCGCGGCGGCUCUCAACCACCGCGACCUCUUCAUCCGGCAGCACCUCUACCCGGGCAUCUCGUUCACGAACCCGCUCCUCGCCGACGGGUACGGCACCGUCACGGCCGUGGGCGCCUCGUGCUCCGCCGCGGCGCAAGGCCUCCUCAACAAGCCGGUCCUCCUGCUCCCCCACCGCGGCUGGGCGUCGGACCCGGACGGGCCCGAGAACCUCGGCCGGGACUUUGUCAUCAUCGGCGCGUCCCGCGGCACCGACGCCGGCACGGCCCAGGAGUACAUCGUCGUCGGCGAGGACGACGUCGUCCCCGCGCCCGAGCACCUGACCGCGGCCGAGGGCGCCGCGCUGCCGCUCGUCGGCCUGACGGGCUGGCGGGCGCUGGUCAGCAAGAGCGGCGGCAACGCGGAGCCCGGGAGGAACAUCCUGGUGACGGGCAUCGGGGGCGGCGUGGCGCUGCAGGUGCUGCAGUUCGCCGUCGCCCGGGGCUGCAGCGUGUGGGUGACGUCCGGAGACAAGCGCAAGAUCGAGCGGGCGGUGGAGGAGCUGGGCGCCAAGGGCGGGGUGUGCUACAAGGACGCCGACUGGGAGAAGCAGCUGGGCGGCCUGCUGCCCCGGGAGCGGCCCUACCUGGACGCCGUGAUCGACGGGGCCGGCGGGGACAUCGUGGGCAGGACGGUCAAGCUGCUCAAGCCGGGCGGCGUGAUUGUGAGCUACGGGAUGACGGUCGGGCCCAAGAUGGACUGGCUGAUGCAGGCGACGCUCAAGCACAUCGAUCUGAAGGGCUCGACGAUGGGGUCGACGAGGGAGUUCAAGGAGAUGGUGGACUUUGUGAAGGCGCACAAGAUCCGGCCGGUGGUCAGCAGGGUGGUCAAGGGGCUGGAUAACCUGGAGGGCAUCGACAGCCUGUUCGAGGACAUGAAGGCGGGGAGGCAGUUCGGCAAGUUGGUGAUUCAAAUUAGCGAAGACGAUUCGUCGUCCAAGCUGUGACCGUUGAAAGGAGUUGCUGAUGACGGCUAGAGAUAGAGAUAGUCGUUGUUAUUUUUUUUGCCCUUCCAUCUAUAUAGCAUAGCUUGAGCCUGUUGUCGUUUCAUGACUCUGCCAAGUAUAGUGCGCACUCUCAU